AUGAGUAAGCCGGACUUUGAUAUUAUAGCUUUGAAGCCAUUCCCACUUCCAAAGUACAUUGAUUUAUUGCCUGUUGGAGUUAUUCAGGAGUUCAGUCUACUGUAUGAACUAGUUAAGGGAUAUAUAGAGCUGUUACUGACCUUCACAGUGUAUAAACAGGAAUUGGCUGAACGACUACAAGAACAGACAGAACGCAUUAAUAAGAUAAUUGAUUUAGUUGGUCGAUAUGAUGACUUGUCAAAUCACAUUGAAGAGCAACUAAGAGAGGUACGACGUUUAUUUGAUGAAUUCAAUAGUCUCGAAGUGGUACAAUACCAAUUAUUACUGGCCAACUUCAAUUUGAACUUUAUCAAACGCAAAUACGAACAAAUGGUUGAAGAAAGUGAUACCCAAUCUCGCGAGUGUAUUCUGAAGUACCGGGAUCAUACAAUAGGAGAAGAACAAUUAGGAUAUUUUGUUAAGGAGUUUCGGGCGAAACGGCUAGAGUAUCAUUCCCGAAAGCUGAAGCUUGAACGGUGGAAUGAAGAUAGAAUCAGCGGACUUUACUAA